GGCCCAUUCCGUCCUCUGAGUAGCAAGUGCAUUAUAAUCCUGCUGGCUAGUGGAUGUCAUGGCAGUGUAGCCAUAUAAAUGAAAGCUAGCUUAGUAGCUUUUCAUUUGAUGAAUGAGACUCGGUGUAGUUAUUGCAAGCUAACUGGCCAGCUAGCUAAAUUGCCAGUUUAGCAUGCGAGUACCCUGUAGAAUUGACUUGUUUGCAUUUAAAGCAAUUGUCAAUGGAAUGACAUAAGCUACAUGGAUAUUUAUCUAACUAAAUGUUUAGUUUUAUACUGCUGGCGCAUUUGCUAGCUAACAGCAGCGCAUAUCCUUGGCUGUCCUUCUCUGACGUUACAGCAGCAGGCUAGACGUAAAACAGUAUGUAAACUAACGUUUAGGCAGAGUGAUUGCUACUCUGUUCCGGUUACACCCACUGAGGUAUACCCACUAUAGCCUACAGCGGUACUCGUGGAUUUAUAAAUGUCCGGCAACUCAAAUGGGGAGCCCGGGGGGAGACUUGGGGGCUAAGAAGAAGAAGAAGAAACAGAAGAGAAAGAAAGAGAAGCCGAGCUCUGGAGGGGCCAAGUCAGACUCUGCCUCAGACUCACAGGAGAUAAAGAACCCAGGGCUGCCCAUGCAGAAGCUGCAGGACAUCCAGAGAGCCAUGGAGUUGCUGUCCUGCCAGGGACCAGCUAAGAGCAUCGACGAGGCCACCAAACACAAGUACCAGUUCUGGGACACACAGCCAGUACCUAAACUCAAUGAGGUUGUAACCAGCCAUGGGCCCAUGGAGGCUGACAAGGACAACAUCAGACAGGAGCCCUACUCUCUACCACAGGGCUUUAUGUGGGACACGCUGGACCUCAGCAACGCUGACGUGCUGAAGGAGUUGUACACCUUGUUGAAUGAGAACUAUGUGGAGGAUGAUGACAACAUGUUUAGAUUUGAUUACUCACCCAGCUUUCUCAAAUGGGCGUUGCGUCCUCCAGGCUGGUUGCCCCAGUGGCAUUGUGGGGUGAGGGUUUCCUCCAAUAAGAAACUGGUUGGUUUCAUCAGUGCCAUUCCUGCUGAUAUCCACAUCUACGACACCUUAAAGAAAAUGGUUGAGAUCAACUUCCUGUGUGUUCAUAAGAAAUUGCGUUCAAAGCGUGUGGCUCCAGUUCUGAUCAGGGAGAUCACACGAAGGGUUAACUUGGAGGGUAUAUUCCAGGCCGUCUACACGGCAGGAGUGGUACUACCCAAACCUGUGUCUACCUGCAGGUACUGGCAUCGUUCUCUGAACCCCAGGAAGCUGGUGGAGGUGAAAUUCUCUCACCUGAGCAGAAACAUGACGCUGCAGAGAACCAUGAAACUGUACAGACUACCAGACAGCACUAAGACCCCGAGCUUGCGAGCGAUGGAGAGGCGUGACGUGCGUCAGGUGACAGAGCUGCUGCAGAAACAUAUGAGACGUUUCCAGCUGGCGCCCUCUAUGGGCGAGGAGGAGGUGGCACACUGGUUCCUCCCUCAGGACAACAUCAUAGACACAUUUGUCGUAGAGGGUGCUGGUGGUGUGUUGACAGACUUCACUAGUUUCUACACCCUGCCCUCCACAGUGAUGCACCAUCCACAGCACAGAAGUCUAAAGGCUGCUUACUCCUUCUACAGCGUUCACACACACACUCCACUACUGGACCUGAUGAAUGACACUCUCAUACUGGCCAAACUGAAAGGCUUUGAUGUGUUUAAUGCUCUGGACCUGAUGGAGAACAAGGUGUUUCUGGAGAAGCUCAAAUUUGGCAUCGGAGACGGCAACCUGCAGUAUUACCUCUUUAACUGGAAAUGUCCCCCCAUGGACCCUGACAUGGUUGGCCUUGUUCUUCAAUAACUAGUCUGUCUGUGACUGCUACACACUCAGAGGUCAAAGGUCUUCUUUGACCCCUAACAUCGCUCUACCUGGACACACAGGUAGUCCCAAACUAGAAGAAGACAAUGACAACAAUCAACCAAUCAAAGUGAUCGGGAGGUGUGCAUCACUUUGAGCAUCUCUCCUGGAUCAUUUUUUAUCAUGGAGAACAUUCUCUCUGCUCACCCGGAACUGAUAACUCUUUUUAACCAUCAACAUCCUGAAUGUGAAGUCAUGCUCUGCCUGAGACAGACUCUUGUACAGUACACACACACACACACACACACACACACACACACUACACGAAGAGAAGGAAGACUUGCAUCCAUAAUGUUUUUGUUGUUUUAUUCAAAAAGGUGCAUUGGUAACCGUGUUUGUUGGACAGUGCAGAAAUGUAGUAACCUGUGCAUUUAAUGCCAGAACACAUUUAUUCCUGUAGUGUGGAAUAUGGGGGGUGGGAGAGGAAAGAUUCAACUAGCGUAGAUGUUAUUGACUUUGGUGUUCCUAUGAACGGUUAAGAGGGGAGGGGAUUCUAGGGAUUUUUGAGGAAGAAUGUAUUUGAAGCACAAAUCUUAAGUUCUUAACUGAGUGAAAGGCUCCUUAACAACCCCAGGUGCAUUUUAUAUAUCGAUUAUUUCUGUUUUGUGUGUUUAGGUUUUUUAAUAUCUGAGUGUUUGAGAAACAUAAAAUGCAGGAUGGGAAUUUUAUUAUUUUAAAAUUGUUUUUAUUUAUUUUUUGUGUUUGUGCAGCUAACAGCAUAUUAUUUUAAAAAGGUCGCAAUUUUUUUCCCCGGGCACAAUUCUGAUAUUUAGGAUUGUGCUUAUAUGUUGUGUGUUCUGUCACCAUUCCUCCCAUGUCUGUCACUAUUUGUUAAAACACCUUAAAAAUCAAACCGGCAUCUUCACCUAUAAAUAAAGGUUUUGGGUAGGAGUAUCAGGCA